AUGCCAGAUGUUCAACAUGAGUUUUUGGAUCGCCGCCAGAUUCUCCUCAGCUUUUGCGUCAACCUUCGCGAGUCUGCUGUGGCUGGCCUCUUCGACAAUUGUCCCAGAUUAAGGUAUGUCGAAAUUGCUGUAUGCAUGUUCGAUAUGACCAAGUUCCAAAGAACGUGCAGACCGGAAUGUACAGUCGUUGUAAAUUUCGAUUUCUAA